GGUCUCAGUGACGGAGGGAACCAUCUCCUCUCACAGCCUUCCCUCAAUCUUCCCCUCUCCCCACAGCUCUCAUGGUACCAAGUGACAGGUUGGCCUUCCUGUGACACGGGGACACCAGAUCUUCUGAGAAGAUGUCGGCAAUUCAGGCUGCCUGGCCAUCCGGUACAGAGUGUAUUGCCAAGUACAACUUUCACGGCACUGCUGAGCAGGACCUUCCCUUCUGCAAAGGAGACGUGCUCACCAUUGUGGCUGUCACCAAGGACCCCAACUGGUACAAAGCCAAGAACAAGGUGGGCCGUGAGGGCAUCAUCCCAGCCAACUACGUCCAGAAGCGGGAGGGCGUGAAAGCAGGCACCAAGCUCAGCCUCAUGCCCUGGUUCCACGGCAAGAUCACGCGGGAGCAGGCAGAGCGGCUCCUGUGCCCACCAGAGACAGGCCUGUUCCUGGUGCGGGAAAGCACCAACUACCCCGGGGACUACACUCUGUGCGUGAGCUGCGACGGCAAGGUGGAGCAUUACCGCAUCAUAUACCACGCCAGCAAGCUCAGCAUCGACGAGGAGGUGUACUUCGAGAACCUCAUGCAGCUGGUGGAGCACUACACCUCAGACGCAGAUGGACUCUGUACUCGCCUCAUCAAGCCAAAGGUCAUGGAGGGCACCGUGGCGGCCCAGGAUGAGUUCUUCCGCAGCGGCUGGGCGCUGAACAUGAAGGACUUGAAGCUGCUGCAGACCAUUGGGAAGGGGGAGUUUGGAGACGUGAUGCUAGGCGACUACCGAGGGAACAAAGUCGCCGUCAAGUGCAUUAAGAAUGACGCCACUGCCCAGGCCUUCCUGGCUGAAGCCUCGGUCAUGACGCAACUUCGGCAUAGCAACCUGGUACAGCUUCUGGGCGUGAUCGUAGAGGAGAAAGGUGGGCUCUACAUCGUCACCGAGUACAUGGCCAAGGGGAGUCUGGUGGACUACCUGCGGUCUCGGGGUCGGUCGGUGCUGGGCGGAGACUGUCUCCUCAAGUUCUCACUAGAUGUCUGCGAGGCCAUGGAAUACCUGGAGGGCAACAACUUCGUGCACCGGGACCUGGCUGCCCGCAACGUGCUGGUGUCCGAGGACAACGUGGCCAAGGUCAGCGACUUCGGCCUUACCAAGGAGGCUUCCAGCACCCAGGACACGGGCAAGCUGCCAGUCAAGUGGACAGCCCCCGAGGCCCUGAGAGAGAAGAAAUUCUCCACCAAGUCUGACGUGUGGAGUUUCGGGAUCCUCCUCUGGGAAAUCUACUCUUUCGGGCGAGUGCCUUAUCCGAGAAUUCCCCUGAAGGACGUUGUCCCGCGGGUGGAGAAGGGCUACAAGAUGGACGCCCCCGAUGGCUGCCCACCUGCAGUCUACGAGGUCAUGAAGAACUGCUGGCACCUGGACGCCGCCAUGCGGCCCUCCUUCCUGCAGCUCCGGGAGCAGCUGGAGCGCAUCAAAACCCACGAGCUGCACCUGUGACUGCCGGCCUCCGCCCAGGUCGGGGGCCUGUGGGGACUGAACCCGGAGAGAUUGUGGACCCGGUGCCCCACUCGCCGGGCCCAAACCCGAACUGAGCCCAGCAGGACCGUGGGCCUCUUUUCUCUGUCGCAGCCUGCGCCCCUUCUGGCCCCCGGAGACCCCGCCUAUGCCUGGCACCUUCUCUCAUGGACCCGCCUGUGGGGCUUUGGGAACCCCGCCCAAGGGCCAAGAAGGGAGGAGGCUGAGGAGCCCUACUGGGGUCAGGCUCCCCCUGGCCUCCCGUAUCUCGCCUUCUUAGAGUUUUAUCCCUUUCCUUUUUUGAGAUUUUUUUCCGUGUGUUUAUUUUUUAUUAUUUUUCAAGAUAAGGAGAAAGAAAGUACCCAGCAAAUGGGCAUUUUACAAGAAGUACGAAUCUUAUUUUUCCUGUCCUGCCCACAAGGGUUGGGGAGACCAGGCCCCUCUCUAGGGACCCAUCGCCCCAGCCUCGUUCCCCACCCCGUGUUCCUUGUCCGUGUUGCCUCGGUCGCCCCGUGUCUGCGCUUGACCAUGUUGCACUGUUUGCAUGCGCCCAAGGCAGACGCCUGUCAGGGGCUUGGAGUCCGUGUGCCGCUGCCGCCCGCCCACCCACCUGCCUUGUGAGAUGGAAUCGUAAUAAACCACUCCAUGAGGAC